AUGGUGACACUGGUGCUACGAACACGAGAGGAUCUCCAGAGCGUCCCCCCCCUCCCCUCCACUGAAGUCCUCAGUCGCCGUCACUCUACUGGCACGUCGUCCAUGUCCCAACAGCACUCAUUCCGCUGUGGCGUGCACAUGCCCUGGCUCUCCCGUGGUUCACAGGCCAAUGACACGAGGGAUUUCAGCUACUCUCGGAAAAAAACCCUGACAGGGACAAUCUUCAAACAAGAGGCCAACAUUUCCUGCAUCAUCCAUGACGACUGCAUCCUACCCUGCAACUUCAACCCCCCGGGCACAGUGGUGAUCCAUUGGUACAAGCAGCAAAUACCCGUGCACAGCUACUAUUACAACAAGGAUCAAUUUGGACUCCAGAACAAACAUUUUAGCGGAAGGACUUGCCUAUUUAACUCACAUAUCCCUCAAGGGAAUGCAUCUCUCCAGCUCAGGAGGGUCAAAGUUCAGGACAAAGGCAGGUACAAGUGCUACACAAGCACACGGAAGGGGAACCAGGAAAUGUUUGUAAACCUGGAAGUGAAGGCUCUCAUCCAGUCAGUCAUCAUGGAGCUGAGUGAUGAGAUGGUCACAUGCUCCUGCAACAACAUCUACCCCGCCCCCCUGGUGACAUGGGCUACAGCCCCUCCCUCUCCACAGAAAUCUCUUGAAAAUGUCACCACAAAAACCACAGACCACAAGGGACUUUUCAAUGUACGAAGUUCACUAAAGAUUCAGGGGAACGUCUCUGAUUAUACCUACUUGUGUUCAUUUGCAUCGUCAGAUAAGACCCAGGUGUGGACAGCCUCUCGGAAGAAUCAAGUGAUGACAAAAGAAGAGGGGCACACACUCUGCAUACCCUGCAUUCUCCCACAUGGUCUUCACAAUUUCACCCUCAUCUGGACCUUCACUUCCUCCAGUGAGCCCACAGUAAUUGUGCGAUAUGACAGCAGACAUGGACACACCUUCAACCUGUGGGAGGGUCUAGCUGAAUUGGACCAGGAGCAACUCCUGCUGGGAAAUGGAUCCCUUAUGAUUCACAAGUCAGACAGUGAAGAGCACUCUGGGAUGUACACGUGCACCUUCACUGGCCUGCAGAGCCGGCUCAUUGUUCAGACCAAAGUCAACAUCACUGUCGCAUCAAUAGGUUUGACUGAACGGAAAAUGCAGAGGUCACGAUGGAGCACCGCAGCAUCCGCAGCUUUUGCCUUGUUCACCGUCAUUUUGGCUAUUCCACAAUGUCUCAGGCAUAGAGGUUUCUGA